AUGCUGUCCCGGCGCAACCUCAUUAUUGUCGCCGCCCUUACCGUCUUUGCGUUCACUCUGCUGCUCACCUCGCAACGCCUCAAUGCACCGUUUGGUGGCCCCGACUAUUCGGAUGUAAGAAAUACCCAACCCCAACCUCAGCCCGGUACCGGCACCACCGGCGGCAAGCAGCCCUCGCAUACGACGCCGCAUGUGUCGACGCACGCAGGCGCCACCAUGACGGUCAGCGUGCCGCACGGCGACACCAAGGAGACGCUGCACUCGGUUCCGCCCGCAUCCGCCUCCGCUGUCAAGGCCGGCUGCGAGGACUUCCCCGACAUGUCCAACAUCUUCGUCGUCCUCAAGACGGGCGCCUCCGAGUCGUACAACCGCAUCCCCACCCAGCUCAUGACCAAUCUCAAGUGCGUGCCCAACUACGAGAUCUGGAGCGACAUGGAGCAGAGCAUUGCCGGCCAGCACAUCUUUGAUGCCCUCACCGACGUCCUGCCCGCCGUCAAGGCCCACGACGACUUUGACAUCUACCAUCACCAGGCCAAGUGCCCCAUCGACCAGGAGCACUGCAACAAGGGCUACGACACGGCCAACAAGGGCUGGUCGCUCGACAAGUACAAGAACAUUCACAUUGCCGAGAGCAACUGGGCAAACCACUCCCGCUUCGACUGGUACUUCUACAUUGACGCCGACACGUACGUCUCGUGGCCGACACUGGUUGAGUGGUUCAAGCGCCUCGACCCAACAAAGCCCGUCUACUUUGGUAGCGUUGCUCUGCUCGCAGGCUUCCCUUUUGGCCACGGCGGUAGCGGCUAUGCCGUCUCCAACGCGGGAAUGAAGAAGAUGUUUGACGGCAAGGACAAGGUUGCCAACAAGUACGACGAAAAGGCCACCACGACUUGCUGCGGCGACUACCUGUUUGCCUAUGCCAUCAAGGAAGAGGCUCAGCUGGACGUCCAGAACAUGUUUCCCACCAUCAACGGCGAAAAGCCGUACUCGAUGCCCUUUUACGACGGCCACUGGUGCCAGCCCAUCAUCACCAUGCACCACGCCGCCAGCGAGGAGAUUGACGAGCUCGACAAGUUCGAGCGCAACCGGCGCUUCAAGUCGCCCGUCCUCAUCAAGGACGUCUUCCGCGACAUCAUCCAGCCCAAGCUGCGCGACUCGCACGACAACUGGGACAACCUCAGCGACGACGUCUACUACUUCGACCCGACCAGCCGGCAGUUCGAUGAGACCGAGGUGCGCCUGCGCAAACCCGACUCGGAGCUCAACGCCGCCGAGCAGCGCGCACACCUCGGCUUUGACGAGUGCCGCGCCGCGUGCGAGAGCCUGUCGGCGUGCAUGCAGUUCCGCUUCGGCAACAACGGCAUCUGCGCGACGUCGACGGCGGUGCGGUUCGGCAAGCCCGCGCCGGAGGGCAGCGCCGGCAGCGACGCGGGGCGCAAGUCGGGCUGGAUGGUGCAGCGCGUCAAGGAGUGGGCGAAGAAGCACGACGAUUGCGGCGCGCCCAAGUUUCCCAAGCUCAAGGAUGAGAGUGAGAUUUGA